GCCUAGCAGCCAUGCCAGCGUUAUACAUCAGAUCUCGAAUCCUCGCGCUCGAACGCGACUAUCCGCUUCUUCCGCCUGAAGACACAUCGACACCCGAACUGCGUACACCGAAGACUCCGGACCUCCGCACAGCGUAUGUCGACGUCUACGCCACCCGCGUGCCCCUGGGUGCCAUGUGUCGGUUGCGUAGGCCCGACGCGAUAGGCCGGACGCCGCUCGAGGAGAUGUGGCCUAGAGCAUUUUUCCUGUCGCCCACUAUGAAGCUGGAAGCUAAGCUCAUUGGCUUCGGUGACGAGGGCGAUCUGGGCGAGCAGGGGUUCAAUCAGGGGCAGCGUCUUCUGGCGAAUGUCAUGCACGUCGUCCGCGCCCCGACGGCCAAGUACGUACCCCUGCUUGUCGAAUGGGAGAACCCGCCACACGUCGUACGGUUCUUCGAGAAGCUCGCAGCAUGGGGCUAUCCAUGGAGGCUUAUGGAAGGAGGCCGGCAUGAAUGGAGUAUUGGGCCUCUGAGCCAAUAUCCGGGCGAGGAUGAGACUAUGGUCGAGGUUCGCUUUGCCGUCGCGCACGACUACAAGAUUAUCAAAGGAGAGAAGGAGCCAGGGAAGGUUGUCCCACAGUGGGUAUUGAGGGCGCACCGCGCAUAUGCGAGGUACUUGCUUGACGAAGCAGCUAGGGAGAUUCGGAAGGAGUAUAGCUAAAUCGUAGGGGCCCACCACAAAUACGCACAACGUUCGAUAAUUGACCAUGGAGCGGUCUAUUAUUCUUCCUCUUCCUCCUCCUCUUCCCCCUGUCCAGACUCCGAACCUUCGAUAUCUUCUUCAUCUUCGUCAUCAUCGUGCUCGUUCUCAUCAUUCUCCGAGUCCUCUUCAUCGUCUUCCUCAUCUGUAUCUGCAUUCGCUACGGGCACGGCAGGCGCAGGGGCCGGGUGUGGAGGGUGCUGCGAUGCUCCACUCGCCAUCUUUCUAGCUUGGGCAGCUCGCUCGGCCUCUUCCUUCUCCUCAUCGACUGGGAGCAAUGUGUCGAGGGCGAGGUCCUUCCACCUGAGAGCACCGUUGACGCCGCCACCCGCAUAGCCCAUGUCUUCAAACAGAGCUCGGGACGCUGGGUCAUAUGGCCUUCGUGGAAGAGAAGCAGGGUGUUUGGUGGAUGUUGGGUUCCCAUAUGGGUAUGACGGGUGCACUUGAGAAGGCAAGACUACAGAGAUCGUCGUAAGUGGAGUCGUCCCUCGGCGUGGACAUGCACGCACCAUCCGAGUCGUCCGGGUUCGGAGGCACCAUGUGUGGUGGUAUAUCUACCUCUAAAUGUUGGAAAACAUCUUUAGCAUGGGGCCGUCGCCGAAGUGGCUGAGCGCAUACCGUCAUCUGAGAGCUCUCCGUUGAGGUAGUCAGAGGUGCCUAUGGUGUCUAUAACGUCGAAAUCAUG